AUGACCAUCCUGCGUCAUAUACCCUUCACGAUCCCAUUCGACGACCGCGUGUUCCUCUUCCGCCAAUGUGUAAAGCAAGACAAGACUUCCACCGCACAUGCAGACCAGAGCGCAUCUUUCCACCCCAAACCUGUGAGGCGGCAUAACCUUUCCGAAGACGGGUUCGAUCAUUUUUGCUCGGCGGAGACAAUGCUCCUCAAAGGUCGUAUACGGAUCACGUUUAUCGACCAGGACGGGCAUCAGGAGCAGGGACUGGACGGAGGCGGGCUCUGGAAAGAGUUUAUCGUCACUUUACUAGAGGAGUCGUUUAACCCCGAACGCGGCUUGUGGACGAAGAACGAGCAAGAGGAGUUGUACCCGUUCCCACAGAUGUUCGCGCGUGAAGCACGGCAACUCAAGUGGUACAAAUUCAUCGGGCGCAUGCUCGGCAAAGCCCUAUACGACAACAUCCUCAUCGACACCGUCUUCGCCACGUUCUUCCUAGCCAAGUGGGUCGGCGAGUCCGGAAGCCUAGACUCGCUCGCCUCGCUCGACCCCUACCUGCACCGCGCCCUCGUCGCGCUCAAACAAUGGGAAUCGGACGACUGCCUUGACCCAGACACACGCUUCGACAUCGUCGAUCUAGACAUGGGCCAGCCGAUCACGACAGAACUGGUACCGAACGGAUCUAACGUUCCCGUAACCAAGGAGAACCGGAUGAAGUAUAUCGAGCUUGUUUGCAAGCACAGACUAGACGACCAGAUCUCCGAGCAAACACAGGCGUUCCUCGCCGGUCUCAGGGACCUCAUCGAGCUCAAAUGGCUCAAGAUAUUCGACGCGAGCGAGCUCCAGCUUCUCCUGAGCGGGGUGGACAGGGACGUCGACGUUGAUGACUGGAUGCGGAACACGGCUUACGAAGGCGGCUUUUCAGCUACCGAUCCGUGUAUCCACAUGUUCUGGACUACAGUCCGCGCGCUGGACAGGAACGAGAAACGCCUUUUGCUCCGGUUUGUCACUAGCUGCUCUCGACCCCCCUUGCUUGGGUUCGGAGAGCUCAAACCGAAAUUUACGAUUCGGUGCGCGUCUAACGACCAGAACCGACUGCCGACCGCGGCGACCUGCUUCAGCACACUGAAGCUGCCGAGAUAUAAGGAGCAGGAGGUGAUGCGGAACAAGCUUGUUCAGGCGAUCACUGCCAAUGCUGGGUUUGACUUGUCUUGA